AUGAAUAGGUUGAUUUACCAUCAAUUUAGAUCUAAUUCAAAUGUGUUAAUACGGAGUAUUAGCAGUCAUAAUAAUAAUCAAAAUAAUAAUAAUAAUAAUAAUAAUAAUACUAGUAAAAGAAAUCAUGAUCAACAACAGCAACAACAACAACAACAACAACAACAACAACAACAACAACAACAACAACAACAACAACAACAACAACAACAACAACAACAACAACAGACAACAAAGAAUAACAAAAAGAGACUAUUAGAAAGAGAAGAUUCAAAGUCAUUUUGGAAAUCAUUCCAAUCAAAAGAUAGUAACAAUGAAUCAGCAUCAUUGUUUUCAUCGACACGAUCACAACAACGAACAACAACAACAACAAAGUCAUCAUCGACACCUCUAAUCACUAGUUUACCCUCGUCCAUUCCCAACGUACAGACUAUUGAACACUUAAAGAAAAGUUCAAUAAAUAGACAACAAAGAAACCAACAUGAACAAUUUAAAGAGAUGAAUGCUACCAGAUCAAAUACAAAGAUAUCUGAUAGUGAUGUCAAAGCUAUUACAUUUCAAUUCAACAAGAUUCUCAUAAACACAAUUCAAUCGCUCUCUAUAAAUCCAAAAACAACUUUGGUAGUAGCUGUAUCUGGAGGUGCUGAUAGUUUAACUCCACCAUCUGAGAAUAUCAGUUCUAUAAAUCAAUCAAUUAAUAAUAUCAUCAAUCGAUUCUCUUCAUCAUCUUCCUCUUCAUCUUCAAAAAAAGAUAUGAUACAUUUAGUAGAAAAGAUAGAAUGGGGAGAAGAGGGUCAACCAUUGACCGCCAUUCAAGAGAUUUGUAGAUAUAAAAGAUUAGAGUUAUUGACAAGUGUUGCAAAGAAAUUCAAUUCACCUGCCAUUUUAAUGGGAACCAACAAAGAUGACAAUAUAGAGACAUUUAUCCAUCGAAUUCAAUUUGCCAGUGGAAUAGAGGGUCUCGCAUCAAUAGAACCCAUUUCACCCUUGUCAGCAUCGAUAUCUCUACAUCGUCCUCUUUUGACAUUCUCCAAAGAUUCAUUGUUUGGUCUAUGCAAUCAUUUUGGAAUAUCAUUUAAUCAUGAUACUGCAAAUGAUAGUUUGGAUUUUGAAAGAAAUAGAAUUAGGUUUAUAUUAAAUAGACCUAUGAUGUUUGAAAAGAAUAAUAAUAAUAAUAAUAAUAUUAUUACAGAUCAACAAAAUACAGAUUUUGAUCAACAAAUGAAUAAUAAUAAUCAAAAUAAUAAUAAUAAUAAUCAACAACAACUUCAAAAUCAAAAUUUGAUCAAUGGAAUUGGUCAUGUAAUAUCGAUAUUUAAACAGUAUAGACAUAAUAUCAGAUCGACAGUUGAAACAUUGGCAUCUGAUAUUGUUUUAAAUCAUUCUGGUAAAAGAAUGCCACUACUUCGAAUUCCUUGGAAUCGAAUUGAUUCUCUACCUGUGGCUAUUGGCGGCAGACUAAUGCACCAAUUGACAAUGUGUGUUACCGAGAAAUGGGUACCGUUCAAACAUGCAAAGUAUCAUCAAUUCUAUCGAGAAAUACAAACUGUUGGUCAAAACGAACCAUAUGCCAGAACCAUCAAAGAUUUGAUAUUCUACAAAGACAAUGACAAUUUAAUCAUUCAUCACGCACCCCCCAAAUCAUCAUACUCUCAACAUACUCUCAUCAACGAAAAUCAUCUCUUUCAACAGGAACCAUUGUCAUUUGAUAGAUAUACUUUUAUUUUCAACUCUUAUAAACCCAUCAAAACCCAACCACAAGGUAUUAACCGUUCUCAACAACAAGAUACAAACAAACCAUAUGCUAUACGAUUUUAUAGAGAUACCGAUUCACAGAUAGUAGCAGCUGACCAUCUUCGAAUACUUGCACAACUACCAAAAUAUGGACAUUUAAUCACACCGGUCAUUGUCAAUCAAUACAACCAAGCAAUAUCAAUACUUUUACCUCAAAUAGGUCAAAGUCCUACAGAAUUUUCUCCGAGAUAUCUCGAUACCAAAGAAGAAGUUUUAAAUUAUACAAUAUCGGUUCAUCUUUCUCAUUUUCAUUGUUGA